AUGCCAAGGAUGUGUAACAAUCCCAAUUUCAAUAUUUGUCCUGACUAUGCGAACAUCUGGGAGGCAAAUAAUAAUGCAGACAAGAUAGCAUGGCAACACCAAGUAGCAGAAGAUAGAGAAGAGCAUGCUCACUGCGAGCAACUUGAAGAGGAGGAACAAGAGAGACUCAAACAAGUUCGAGUUCAAGAAGAAGAGGCCACGCGCAAGGAAGAUAGAAAGAAGAACAAGCACAAAUUCAUGCUGAUUUUUGCCACAGGAAUACCAGAUGACCCAGCUAUCACACCGUGCUCCUACAUGAUUAGAAAAAUCGACAAGGGCGAGUACAUUGAAAUAUGGUACUUCACUAAUGACAGCCUGGACGAAGCCAAUCUCAAGAAAACAGUUGAUGACGACACCAUGAUCAUGUCCACAUUGGCAGAUGGUUUGUCAGCAUGGGUUUCAGCAGUGUCCACUUGCAAUGCUCACACUGUCAUCAACGAUAAAGACUUACUGUUCAAGGAGUUCUGUCAAGCCUGUCCCCACAUGCUGGCAGCAAUAGGGGAAGCAGAUUGGCUGAAGGACAGGGUUAGGAUAAUGGCCAAGUUCUGGAGGAACAUCCAGGUCCAUAAGUACCGGUCCAUGCGGAAUCUGAUAGGACAGAAGGCUCUGCUGACUUACCAGGCAGAGUAG